CUCACAUGUCGAUGCGCUUGAGUAUGAGGAGUAAUUAAAAGAUGAGCAGCUCGAGAAUCAAAUAAUAUAACUAAAUAAGUUUGAUUCUAAUUAGUUUUAACAACAGAAGUAAGUUCUGUCUCAAGAAUCAAAGUUUCUGCAUGAACCAUCGGGACACUUGAGUUGUCCUCUCUUCCAUUGAAUGUUCACUCUGUUCCGUUCGAAUAAUCGUCCUUUCUCAAGUCUGUGUUCUAUUCUCCUGUUUUCGGGAUAAGACAGCGGGAUAAGACAGCUCUACUCUCUUAUUAUUUCGUAUCGAGAAAUUGCGAAUAGCAAUUUCCUGCCUUUUUCUUGAGUAGUUUCCCGCAAUUGUUAAUUCGGUCGUUCUGAUUUUUCACUUUUUGUUUUCAGUUGGUUCGAGAAAACUGAGCAUGACAGGCUCCAUUCGAAAUUUUUAAAAUUAAAACUUCACUCCAAAAUUACGUGUUUCUCAAGGUCAAACCAGACAUGACCGACUGGCACAUGAACCGAAUUGGCUCCGACCGUUUUGAGGUAGAAAAACACAAGAGAUAGUGUCCCUGACUCCUGAGCCAAUGGUCAUAGGGCCUAUUUUUCUUAAGCCUCAUAUGUGACCGAAGUAGACGAAUGUUACACUUUUCGUCUCCUAAUUAUUGCGAUUAAUUGCCAUCUUCAAUUAAUUGAUUUUGUGGAUUGUGAAAUUUGUAAAAGUAACCUGAUUUUGACUUACACUUGCUUUUUGGAGUUUUUUUUCAAAGUGCAAGUCAAAUGUUUUUAUUUUUGUUCCAAUUGAAAUUUUUGCAGUAUAACUUAUUGUAUUCAACUUUCAGUUGGGAGGAAUUGGUUUUCAAGGGAGGAAAUGGAGGGAUUGGUUUUCGUGGGAGGAAAGCUGGGAGCUGAGCUGAAGCAGCGGCCCAUCCCGAAAAUUGUAAAACCAGACGAUGUUUUGGUCAGAAUAAAAGGUGCCGGAAUAUGCGGAACAGACAUAGGGGUCAUCAAUGGAAAGUUUCCGAUACCGGAAAAUACCAUUAUAGGCCAUGAAGCUGCAGGACUGGUAGAAAAAAUAGGAGAUGGCUGUCUGCGUAUCAAAUGUGGAGAUAGAGUUGGUAUUAACCCGGCUAAAGGAUGCGAUAAAUGCAAGCUGUGUUCAACAGGGAAACCCAAUCUGUGCGAGAAAGGUGGACUGAGUUGUUACAUGGGCUUGAGUGUUGUAAAUGGAGCACUUACAGAUUACGUGGUAAUAGCAGAGGAGCUGUUAUUCAAAAUACCCGAUGAUCUCAGUUUCGAAAAGGCAGUGCUAUGUGAGACUAUGUCCACUGUUGUGAGAGGUUAUGACCAGAUGAAGCCACUUGACGAAGACUCAAAGAUUCUUGUACUGGGUGGAGGUAUCACUGGUACUUUGGCAGCCAGUUUGCUCAUUGACGAAGGAUUCACAGAUUUCACAGUUUGUCAGAGGUCUCAAGCCAGACAAGAGAACAUCAGGAAGCAGUGUGCUGGUUUCAGUGUUGAAGUCAUCAGUCCGGAUCAACUGGAAAAUGCGUAUGACGAGAGCCAUGGAGCUCGAUCUUUCGGAUUUGAUGUUAUAUUCGAAUCAACGGGGAACCCUGAAGCUGUUGAGAAUGCAAUGAAGUAUCUCAAACACGGUGGGAAGAUGGUGAUCUUUGGUUGCUCUCCAGUCGAUGAAAACAUUAAAGUAUCCCUUUUUGAAAUCUUCCGCAAAGAACUGACUAUUGUCGGGUCGUUCAUUCAGCCAAACACAUAUGAAAGGGCCUUGGAGAAAAUAAUAUCACUCAACAGGCAAAACAGACUCGAUUUUGAUGUUCUCAAAAUUCAAACCUAUUCAUUGAGCGACUAUCAAAAAGCAUUAUAUGAUUUGAGUUCUAAGUCUAUCACCAAGGCCAUCAUUGUUUGAUGUUAACAGGCAUAUUAUUUGUACAAUUCAUAAAUAGAUUUUAGUUAGAAUUUAGAGAGAUCUUAGAGAGAGAUUUUGUAGUUAAAACAAAGACGAAUACAUUUUUAUAUUUGG